CUAAGUUCUCUAAGCUAACAAGUGCUGACUUCUUGAGGCUCAGUCCGAUGGUGGUCAGGCAGGCUCGGAGUGUCGUGAUGUGCGACCCGCGCACCUAGGUAACAUUCACAGAUUGGUAUAUAGAUAGGUAGGCAAAUGUAUCUCUUCUGAAAACCUCUUCCAACAAUCUAGAUAACGUCGGACAUCCGAGGGGACAAUCUUCCAAUGGGCCGUUCGAUCUCUAUUUGCGCUCUGGCGAGGUUGGGCCUUUGCUGGUCAUUCUUCAUCAGUAUCGCUUACGCAGGUGCUCAAGUCACGACCUUUUCUCUGCCCACCCUCAAUGAUAGAUCAAAUAGCAGGGCGUUAGAAAUCGAACAAACUCGCAAUGGUUUCUUGUACGGUCCAGGCUCGGAUGGUCAAGGCCCGCCAUCUCCAUCGGGCCCUCUUGGGACGGCGUUCGUCACUGCGGAUAGUGGGAUUGUCAACACCGAAGCGUUUGCCCAGCUCAAUAUCUCUCAGCACGAUUACGCUGCUGCGAAGGUCGCAGAGGUAAAGUAUGAUGGACUGAAGACAUUGCAGGACUAUGAGGGUCUCUAUGAUGGAGAAUGGCAAGCAAGCGCUGGGCCGAAUGGGGUCGAUCCAGGAAUGCUCACGAACUAUACGCAAGACCUGUUCUUCUCGAUGGAGCGUCUGUCAUUAAGCCCAUUUGCCAUUCGGCGGCUAUACCCGGUGCACAAUGGCCUGCCUUUCGAUAUUCCGGACGAAGUCUGCCAAAAUAUCACUGGACAAACGAUCGCGGGGCUUUUGGUCGAAGGACGGUUGUUCUACAUUGACCACAGCGCACAGAGGCACCUGAACAAGACUCCAGACAAGUACGUACCCGCCUGCGAUGCGUACUUUUACAUCUCACAUGACAAAGGCGAUCUCAUGCCGUUGGCCAUUCGAUCGGACAAUGAGAAGGACCUCAUAUACACUCCUCUUGAUGCGCCAAAUGAUUGGCUGUUGGCCAAAAUGAUGUUCAACGUCAACGACUUCUUCUUUUCGCAAAUUCAUCACCUCGCAAAUACGCACUAUGUCGCAGAUGUUGUGUACCAAGCUGCAAUACGGACCAUGAGCCGGCAGCAUCCCGUUCUCGCCAUCAUAAGUCGAUUGCUCUACGGAACCUUCGGCAUCCGUCCUUUGGCUCUGUCGGCUCUGAUCAGACCAGGAGCGUAUAUCGAUCAAUUUUUCGGGAUCACGGGCGAGGCCGCAAAGAUAUUCGCCAAUGAGGAGUACUAUAGUGGAUCUGCUGGCGCUGUGAGGGGCAAUUACUUCCGCGAGAAUCUUCGCCGCCGCGGUUUAUUGGACUCCUCUCUCGGACCGGCAAUCAAGGAUUUUCCAUUUCUCGAAGACGUCGAGCCGAUCCACGACGCGAUCGCGAAGUUCAUGGAAGCGUUCGUUGCUUCGUUCUAUGGAAAUGAUGCUGCCGUGUUCGGCGACAAAGAACUCCAAGCGUGGCUGGUGGAAGCCAGCGGCCCUGCUCAAGUCAUCGAUUUCCCAAACGCUUCAACGAUGAAAUCGCGUCCGGAGCUUGUUGAUCUCCUCACUCACAUUGCACAUCUCUCCUCAACGGCACAUCAUCCUGUGAACACAAACCAGCUUUUGACCGGAUCCGCCACUUUACCAUUCCACCCGACGGCUCUGUAUCGCCCGGUGCCCUGUGGAAAAGGCGUAGAGGAUGUUGUGCCAUUCCUGCCUCCAAAGGAAAAAGCUCUGGGCAUGAUCAACCUGGCGGCGAAUUUCGCUCGGCCUCGUUUGGCAGACACUGAUCGUUCACUAGUUCAUAUGUUCGACAACGCGACGAUGCUUGCAGCAAUGAACGAAGCAACCCGCAGAGCAAAUGUGGAGUUCAUGGAGGCCAUGAAGGCUAGAAGCGAGAUCGUCAGGAAUCGCGAGUUUGAUGCGCAUGGGCUCUCCCAAGGCAUGCCGUUUGUGUGGAAGGCACUGGAUCCCAAUGUCGCCCCUUGGAGUGCGAGUGUGUGAUGAGUGACGCCGUCAGGAAAUUCUCACCUGAACAAUCAGACUACAUGUAGCUGUGGAUUGUGCGUUUCAUGUUUGAUUGGAAUCCUGGUUGAAAAAUGAAUGCGCAUAUUGUAUCAUACCA